UUGUCCUCACUGCGCAAGCGCGGGCCGCGAGCGUGGGGCUGCCUGGCGACAGCAGGACUGCGGGCUGCGGAGCGCGGGGGUUUGCGGCCUGCGUCCGGCCAGCUGUAGCGGCGCACAGGCCGAGGUCCCGAGCGCAGCGAGCCGAGCCUCCCCGCUCCCCCGACAGCGCGGGCCAUGGAGACUCAGGUGCUGACGCCGCACGUCUACUGGGCUCAGCGACACCGCGAGCUGUAUCUGCGCGUGGAGCUGAGUGACGUGCAGAAUCCUGCCAUCAGCAUCACGGAAAAUGUGCUCCAUUUCAAAGCUCAGGGUCAUGGGGCCAAAGGAGACAAUGUCUAUGAAUUUCACCUGGAGUUCUUGGACCUUGUGAAGCCAGAGCCAGUGUACCGUCUGACUCAGAGGCAGGUGAAUAUCACAGUCCAGAAGAAGGUGAGUCAGUGGUGGGAGCGGCUCACCAAGCAGGAGAAGCGGCCGCUGUUUUUGGCCCCUGACUUUGACCGCUGGCUGGAUGAAUCUGACGCGGAAAUGGAGCUGAGAGCGAAGGAGGAAGAACGCCUAAAUAAACUCAGACUAGAAAAUGAAGGCUCCCCUGAAACUCUGACAAGCCUGAAGAAAGGGUACCUGUUCAUGUAUAACCUGGUACAGCUCCUCGGCUUCUCCUGGAUCUUUGUCAACCUGACAGUGCGGUUCUUUAUCUUGGGAAAAGAGUCCUUCCACGACACGUUCCACAGCGUGGCUGACAUGAUGUAUUUCUGCCAGAUGCUGGCUCUAGUGGAAACCCUCAAUGCCGCGAUCGGCGUCACGAGUUCCCCAGUGCUGCCUACACUCAUCCAGUUUCUUGGAAGAAAUUUUAUUCUGUUUAUCAUCUUUGGCACCAUGGAAGAAAUGCAAAACAAAGCUGUGGUUUUCUUUGUGUUUUAUUGUUGGAGCACAAUUGAAAUAUUCAGGUACCCCUUCUACAUGCUUUCCUGCAUUGACGUGGACUGGAAGGUGCUCACGUGGCUUCGCUACACCGUGUGGAUUCCCCUCUACCCCCUGGGAUGUUUGUCAGAAGCUGUGGCGGUGAUCCAGUCCAUUCCAGUGUUCAACGAGUCAGGAAGGUUCAGUUUCACUUUGCCGUAUCCAGUGAAGAUGAAAGUCAAAUUCUCCUUCUUUCUUCAAGUUUACCUUGUAAUGUUAUUUUUAGGAUUAUAUAUUAAUUUCCGUCACCUUUAUAAACAGCGCAGGCGGCGAUAUGGACAAAAAAAGAAAAAGCUCCACUAAAGAGAAAUUGGGCAGCUUCAUUUGAGCUGAAUCUAUGAUUCUUACUGUUUUACCUUCUUGUUCUGAUGUAAAAGUUGGUUGUUUGUUAAAGUAAGGCUGUCUCCUUUCCAGUAACAUUCCUGAAUUUACCGUGUUUCAUCUUAGUGUUGUAUUUGCAUGACAUGGGUAUCUGGUAGCUGACCACAGGCUUACUCUGUGUCUAACGACAGAGACUGGCCCUACACCUUCAUUGUCUGUGCUUCCCUACAGGCACCAUCUAUCUUUACAGUUAGGCUUGGUCUUUUCUGCUAUUGCUUGUGACAAACGAAAAAACAAGGCUACAUUUUUCCUUUGAGGAUCUUCAAAACUGACCCAGGCAGGACCUAAUACACCCAAGCCCUUACUUGUGUAGUGGGGUAGCACUGAUUUGAAAAACAGGUAAAAAUGGUCACUGAUAAAACAUUUUUGAGUCAGACAGAGUAGGGCUAGAGAACACUUCAUAUUUGAUGUCCUUUGGCCUAAAGACAUUCAUGACUACAGCACUUACCAAGCAUUGAAAAGGCAGAGUGAUUUAGAGAAAGCAAUCAUGGGGAUACCAUGAUUACAUUCAUAGCUAUAUCAGAACUGUCUGCAAUACUAGAAAGGGGGAGCGUUACUUGCAAAACACUGAGAUUAAAUUCCAAAUGUGAAUGCUGCAGGGUCUGAAGGGGGCACAGAUGCAGGAGCCAGGCAGGAGUCAGCUGCGGUAAUGGUGGCUAUGGCAGGUGUCACACUGAAAUAGGCUGUGCUGGGCUGUCUGCAGACAGUCAGUCUGCAGCCCUUAGGCUAGCUCCGUCCACUCCCUUGGGUAUCCCGAGUGAUUGGGGAGACUACUUUUUUUGAACUUCAAGCACCUGUUUUUUUGUUUUUCCUGAUUAGGUUUUUGUGUAUGUGUGUGGUUUUUUUGUUUGUUUGUUUUUUAAGACAGGUUCUCUGUGUAGCACUGGCUGUCCUAGAACUUGUUCUGUAGACCAGGUUGGCCUCAAACACAGAGAUCUGCCUGCCUCUGCCUCCCAAGUGCUGGGAUUAAAGGUGUGCGCCACCACAGCCUGGCUUUUUAUUUUUAUUAUUAUUUUUGUAAAAAUUGUGUGCAGUAGGAACCUGAGCUGGGAUAUCAUGGGGAUUUCCUGCAGGAAACUCCCCAAAAGGGGAACUGAACAGAAUCUAGACUUCAGGGUUGGCCACUGUACAAGACAUCUUUAGUCUGUCUACCGCAUUCCAGGUAAACCAAGUGGCAGAGGAACACUAGAAGCAGGAGCUUAAGGGGGACAGCUCCGGACCUUCCUCCCGCUGUGCUUGGGGAAAGACCUGUGUUGCAGUGCGUCCAGAGUGGAUUAGCAUUAAGCUGGCUGGUUCCACACACCUCAUUUCACUCAAGAGUAUUUCCCAGGUCUGCAGCUUCUGUCAAUGACUGUUGGUAUUGCCUUCUGGUGUUCCUUCUACUGACCAUGGGACCGACCCGGCAGGUCAGCUUUGCAGUCAACUAUGCCACAUCGUUGUGCAAAAUCCCAUGUUCUAGUUGCUAUUAGCAUCCCCUUUGUUGCUGUCUGAUAAAGUGAAAGAUUGUGUAUUUCUAUUAAAACAUUUACAGUCAAAAAAUUCUAAUAA